GUUUCUGUUUAGUAGACCCAAAAACAUGUUAGUUUUUUCAAUUAUAUACAUUCAUUAAAACAAAUUAAAUUUCAGUUUAAGUCCGCAGAUUUUUCGUCAAGCACUCCAGCAACACUUUCUACGUUACUAAUAAAGAGAAUUCUUCCAGACUCAUUUAAUUAGCUGACAAUGGCAAACAUCACCAUGAUUGCACGAAACGUCUCCUUGGCAUUGGCGCAGAAACACGAUUUCAAUCCUUGGUCGGUGCCUGAUGACUACACCGUUUACAACUUUGCUCCCGAUUACGUCAAACCGCUCCUGCAUCCUCACUGGCAGACCCAAAAGGCCGUUCACCCCAUUUACGCUUACUUCUUUGGAAUGUACUAUUUGGUCAUGGGAUCCUGCGCUAUCUUUGGAAAUAUCCUCGUCCUGAAAAUCUUCAGCCGCUACAAGUCUCUACGGACGCCGGCCAACAUGUUGGUUAUGAAUUUGGCCAUUUCAGACCUUCUCCUCAUGCUCGCCCUGAUUCCCGAAGCUGUUUACAACUUCUUUUGUGGUGGACCGUGGCAAUUUGGAGAACUCGGCUGUCAGAUUCACGCUUUCUGUGGAGCGUUUUUCGGAUACAGCCAAAUUACCACGUUAACCAUCAUCAGCUGGGAUCGUUACAAUGUCAUCGUUAAUGGCCUAAAGGGAACUCCAUUGUCUUUCGGCAAAGCUGCCGGAUUAAUUUUAUUCAAUUGGAUCUGGUCAUUUGGCUGGGCCCUUACGCCCCUCGUCGGAUGGGGCCUUUAUGCCCUGGAUGGAAUGUUGGGAACGUGUUCUUUCGACUCUUACACGUUAACUAUGAACCACAAGAGCUACAUCCUUGCGUCCUGUUUCUUCCAGUUUGGCGGUCCCAUUAUUGUCAUUGUCGGCUGUUAUUUCUUCAUCGUCAAGGCCGUGUUCCAACACGAAGAAGGAUUGCGUCAACAGGCCAAAAAGAUGAACGUGACAUCGCUGAGGAACAACGCCGAGCAAGACGCCGUUACGGCCGAAAUGCGCAUCGCCAAAAUCGCCAUCAUCAACAUCACGCUGUGGAUUUUCGCCUGGACUCCCUUCACCGUUAUUUGCAUUUUAGGUACAUGGGGUAAUACAAAGUACAUCACCGCACUGGUCUCGGAAAUUCCUAUUGUCUGCGCCAAAACGUCUGCCGUCUACAACCCAAUCAUCUACGCCCUGUCCCAUCCAAAGUACCGCGAAUGUUUGAAGGAAAUCUGUCCGUGGCUUUGCAUCGUCGUUGAAAAGAAGAAAGGUCCUAAUCAUUCGUCCGACAGCGAUUCGGUCAAAACCAGUGCCACUGACUCAGCUUAAGUUACAUAAAUGGAUCAUUUCUUUCCUUCCAGCUCUCUUUUGGUUUAUAAUUAUCCUUUUCUAAUGGUUAAUGAUUUCACACUUAAAAUUAUGAUUUCAAUAAUUGUCCCUCGAAUAUCUACAUCGUUUCACCGGACUGGACAUUCUGCUCUCAACAAGGCUGACGACUUUUGGAAUUCAGAGAUAUAAAAUCGCCGCAGCUUUUAUAUCUUCUCGAUAACUUUGUAGUUCUGGUAGUCCCAUUUCACCCAGCAUUUAAGAACAGUCGACUAAACACCGAUUGUCAAAAUCAAACUAUAUAAGGUAGUGCUAUUCGGCUAAUAUUAGGACAACCUCUAUAUAGAUAACACAAAAAAAAAAUAGUAUUUAGUGCAGCAUAUAACAAUUAGAUCUCGAAUUAGAUAGUCUUAUUUGUAUACAUUUCAGUGCACUGCAACUAAUAACAAUAUAUCACGUUAAAAAGGGACUGUUAAGCUUUUCAAGGAUAUUAUGUAAUCCAGUAUGUAUAUUUGAAUUGCGGUAUUAUAUUACAUCAAGCUAUGCAUGAAAUCACACUCUUGUAUAUGUGUCAUUAUUUAUGACUGAUGCUAAGUUUGGCUGAAUACAAAUGAUCACAUAUGGUUUCUGACCAUGACUGAAAGCUGAUGACGAAUUUACGACCACCGAUGGAUUUCAAUGUGAGUCGACACUGGAGAUUCC